AAAGAUUCCGUUGGACACGCUUCAUGGACAGCGGACUAGGUUUCGCUUACGCAUAGGCGGCAAGAGAUAUUGGAAUAUAUAUUAGGGUUUUUCGGUCGUUACUCGUGAAAUGUGCAUAUUUUUUGUUCAGUUUUUAUCGCCAUGAUCUUCAUUUGUUAACGGUCGUGAUAUAAUCAACAAACAAACAAAUAAAAAAAAGGCUGCAUUUAUCAACGUGCUUCCGGUAAACAAUCUCGAGAACUGUGCACCGCAGCAUCAUUUUCGGACAGCGCCCAAAAAAGCUAAAAGCGAUUGUGAAAAGCCGGUAAGGUAAUUUUGAAUUCAGAUUCAACAAUUUGGGUUGUUGGGGUUCAAGUAACCGUUCAUUGUUAACAAAAAUGGACAAUAUAAUAGAUUCUCUCAGAGACCACUUCUACGCAAACGCUUGUCACGUUUGUUGGGCUUAUGGUAAGGAUAUCAAGUUGAAAAGAUGUGGAAAUUGCUUAAUGAUAGCUUACUGCAGUCGGGAACAUCAGAUAGUACAUUGGCCAAAACACAAAGACAUGUGUAAAGCUAUCUCGGAGUUAAAAAAAGUUGGCCUCAGCUAUCAAAUGCGAGAUUCAUUGUUUGGAAGUCUACAAGAAUCAUGGCGAGCAAUAAGAAAGACCAUGUUACGACUCAUUCAAAGCAAACUUGGUCGUCCGUUAUCAGGAUUUGAAAUAGAAAUGGUGACACUUCCAAGAUGUUGUGUGAUCUGUCAUGAAACUGAACACUCUCGUUUACGCGAUUGCACAGAAUGUCCAAGUGCUAGUUUUUGCUAUGAUCAUCCCAAGGACGUCAAACAUGACAUUCAGUGUAAAAUGUCAAAACUUCAUUUGGAGCAACACAAUGUGAUGCCCGAUAUGGUGCCUCAUUUUAAGAACACAUUUUCAUUAUUUUAUGGUGAGAACGCUCCACUGAGUAUGGAUGAAGUAAUUGAUGUUGUCAAAACACACUGUUGUUUGAGAAAAAAUUCUCCGCCAAAACUCGUAGCUGCUGUCAUUUCUACUCUUUUAACGAGUAGUUACACUUUUAUGUACUCAAUGGAAAAAUUAUCUCGAUCAAAAUUACAGAAACUGAAAGUUCAUAUCAUUGAUACAGACACAAGUAUAAUGGAUAGUCUGCUCUACUGGGAAUAUGUACUACAUCGAAAUGAAUCCCUCGAAGAGCUUCAAAUUGUACUUGUUGGUUCUUCUGUAGAUUGUAGGUACUGUAAUUGUAGGGAUUUCAACACUUCGGCAAAAAUACAACUUUGUGAGAAAUGUACAAAACAUGAUCGCAAAAUGACCAUUCAAGUUAUAGGAGUCUCGUAUGAGCAGCUAACAGCAAGCGCAAAUUUUGUGAAACCUGAUUACGUUAUUAGGUUUAAUUUGGGAACCAACGAAUCUGAAUCUGACCAUUUUGAUCCUUGGCCUGCGACAAGCAUCCGAGCAUUGGCCAAAAUUGGUUGUCCUUUUUUCAUGACUUCAUGCACUGCCGAAGAAUUAAAAAAGAAUGAAAAGAAAAUUAAUUCAAUUCUUGGAAAAGAAAUCAAACCCUUUUGGACCGGGAAAAAUCCAUUCUCCAGUAGCCAACUAGUCAGGAACUAUGAAUCUGACGACUUCUGUUAUGAUAAUCAGUAUUUGACGAUUUAUGAAGUAUUGUCUUAAGUGUUUUUUCUCAUCCUGAUAUGUAAAGAAUUUUCUUUCCUUUAGAUUUUCUGUAACAACUGAACUUAUUUAUGAGCAGUUCAGAAGUACAAAAAUAAUUUUUUCUCUAAUAUUAUAAAUUACUGUAUUAGAUUUUUGAAACAUACGGAGAAUCGCGUA